AUGAGAUUAAGUCCUUAUCGCCUUCUUUCAACCACAACUAACUUGCGAAAUGUAGUUAAUGGUAAAUGGACAACAACCCAUUACACUGUUAAGGAUCGUCAAAAUGAUCCUAGAUGGAAAGAAGUUGACAUGGCAAGAGAAUCUGAUCAGUAUGAUGUUGUUAUUGUCGGUGGAGGUCCUAGUGGAUUAUCAGCGGCAAUCAAGCUACGUCAAUUAGCUGAGAAGGAGGGAAAAGAGAUACGUGUUUGUGUUGUUGAGAAAGCUCCAGAAAUCGGAGCACAUACUUUAUCCGGAGCUGUUAUUGAGACUAAAGCUCUAGAUGAGCUUUUCCCUAAUUGGAAAGAGCUAGGGGCUCCAGUUCAUCAACAAGUCACGUCCGAAUCGUUAGGAAUUCUCACGGAAACUGGCCGUAUUCCCUUGCCAGUUUUCCCUGGAAUUCCCCUUCAUAAUCACGGUAACUAUAUCGUUAGAUUGGGACAUGUUGUUAGUUGGCUCGGCGAACAAGCAGAGGCUGCAGGAGUAGAGAUCUGGCCCGGAAUCGCCGCAUCGGAAGUAAGAAUCGCUACUAAUGACGUAGGAAUUGGAAAGGAUGGUGCUCCAAAGGAUGGUUUUGCUAGAGGUAUGGAGUUACAUGGAAAAUGCACUGUUUUUGCUGAAGGAUGCCGCGGUCAUUUGACUAAACAGGUGCUGGAUAAGUUCAACCUCAGAACUCACCCUAUGACUUAUGGUAUCGGCCUCAAAGAACUCUGGCAAAUCGACCCAGCUAAGCAUAGACCAGGAUACAUUGAGCACACUAUGGGAUGGCCACUGCCUAAAGAACAAUAUGGUGGAUCUUUCCUAUAUCACAUUGAAGAUGAAGGUUUACCGUUGGUAUCAAUUGGAUUCGUUGUAGCUCUCGAUUACAAAAACCCAUAUAUGAAUCCUUACAAGGAGUUCCAAAAAUACAAAACUCAUCCUUCUAUUCGAAAACAACUCGAAGGUGGAAAACGUAUCGGAUAUGGAGCAAGAGCCUUAAACGAAGGCGGCUAUCAAUCAGUUCCUCAUCUUUCAUUCCCUGGAGGAUGCUUGGUUGGAUGUACCGCUGGUUUCAUGAAUGUAGCUAAGCUGAAGGGAACUCAUAACGCUAUGAAGAGUGGAAUGGUAGCUGCUGAAAAUAUUUUCAAAGAGCUGAAUGACGAAGUUUCAACGGUGGAGCCUAAAAACUUCCGUGCAGAUUUGGAGAAAACAUACGUUUUGCAAGAAUUGAAGGCUACUCGUAAUGUCCGUCCAUCAUUCAACUCUGCAUUAGGAUGGAUUGGAGGUCUUGUGUACUCUGGUCUUUUCUUUGUUUUGGGUCGUGGUAAGGAGCCAUGGACUCUUGAUCAUGGAAAGCCUGAUAACGAAAAAUUACUGCCCAAAGAUCAAUGCAAACCAAUCGACUAUCCUAAACCAGAUAACGAAAUUACUUUCGAUAUUCUCAACUCAGUUUCUUUGACUGGAACCAAUCAUGAAGAGAAUCAGCCAGCUCAUUUAACCCUUAAAAAUGACAAUGUUCCAUUGGAUGUUAAUCUAGCUCUUUACGAUGGACCCGAAGGAAGAUUCUGCCCGGCUGGUGUUUACGAAUUUCUGCCCCGCGAGGAUGACCCAUCCUUGUCAAGAUUACAAAUCAAUGCUCAAAACUGCAUUCAUUGCAAAACGUGUGACAUCAAGGAUCCUACCCAGAACAUCAAUUGGGUAACGCCUGAAGGUGCUGAAGGUCCAAAAUACUCAGGAAUGUAA